GAGAGAGGGGAGGGAGGAAAGCGAGAGAAAGGGAGCUGCUUGGAUCCCGUACUUCCCAGAGCCUGCCUGGAGCGCGCACUCUCCGGGUCCCAGCGUCCCAGCCGCGGCCCGCGCCCCGCACCACCUCCUCCUUCGGUCUGGGCACCCCUCGCCCCCUCCCUCCGGCCCCCGCUAGGCUCCGGCAGCGGCCGCCCCCAGCCCCUGCUUGGCCACAUCGUCAACUCUCUGGGCUCCCUCCUGGGACGCGCGCCCUCGCCCCAUCCUUUCUUCCUUCCUUCCUUCCCUCGCGCCCGCCCUCCCUCACCAGGUCUCCCUCCCGGGUCCCGAUUGUCUCCGUCCCCUUCCCAGUCGGCCCGCGCCUCGCCCUGCCCCGUCUCUCCCUCGCACUUCCUGGGUCGCCCGCCGCCGCAGUCUCGCCUAGCCGCGGGAGCCCGAGCCGCCGCUGCCCCGGCUCCAGCCCCCGCAGCCCGCGGCGCCCGCCCGAGGGAGCCCCGGCGCCCGGGGAAGGGAAAAGUGGGCGAGCGCGCCCUCGCCCAGCCCCGCGCCCCAGCCCUGCCCGGCGAGGAAGGACCGGGAAGAUGAACAACGGCGGCAAAGCCGAGAAGGAGAACACCCCGAACGAGGCCAACCUUCAGGAGGAAGAGGUCCGGACCCUAUUUGUCAGUGGUCUCCCUCUGGAUAUCAAACCUCGGGAGCUCUAUCUGCUUUUCAGACCAUUUAAGGGCUACGAGGGUUCUCUUAUAAAGCUCACAUCUAAGCAGCCCGUAGGUUUUGUCAGUUUUGACAGUCGCUCAGAAGCAGAAGCUGCAAAGAAUGCUUUGAAUGGCAUCCGCUUCGAUCCUGAAAUUCCACAAACACUACGACUAGAGUUUGCUAAGGCAAACACGAAGAUGGCCAAGAACAAACUAGUAGGGACUCCAAACCCCAGUACUCCUCUGCCCAACACUGUACCUCAGUUCAUUGCCAGAGAGCCAUUGACCAUUUGCUGGCUCCCUGAAGAGUUUACGGCUCUUCCAGCACUUUCUGGAUGACAAAUCACAGCUUCCUAAUAGCCUGCCACUAUGAAAUUAAUAAGGAGUUCCAUUUCCACAUAGUUUUUCUCAAGUACAUUCUUCUCCCCACCCUACCCUGGGAUCGCCUGGAUACAUUCAAUUAAAUAGGAAUUACCUUUCAACUUUGUAGAGAAUGAGGUCCUUCUGUGGCUCAGCAUCACUGCCCCACAUUUGGGCUGGAGAAAUAAAAGAUGAUGGUAUUCACAAUGGAAU